UGAUGGGUGGUUUACAUAUAAAUAUAAUGUUUAAUAGAAUAUAAAAGAAAUAAUUUUUAAAACUCAAUAAAAAAAGCGAAUAAAAUAAAAGGCAUUCGGUUAUUGUCGACUUCAGUCGACGGUCGAUCAUAUGCAUGCCUUUCGUGGCUGUCGACUAUAGUCGACGUUCGUACCGAAGAGGUUAAAGAAAAUCUCUAUAAUAAACUAAUGCAUUAUUAAACAAACUAAUAUAAUCCAUUUUUCUUUUAAGAAUGCUAUGCUAUACAAUAUAUUAUUAAUAUUGUACUUCUUUCUCUACCUUGAGAGGAUCUCAGGAAUGAAAAACUAUUAUGAGAUCAGAAAUUAAAGGAAUCAUGAAGUAAAACUGAAAGUUAUAGAGAAAAAUUCCAUUGAUACAAAGGAAUGAACGCCAAAAAUUUGGGAUACUUUAAUGGAAAAUAUGUGGUGACGUUAGAAGCUAAUUUCAAUACGAAUCGAUAAAAAUUUCGAUGAUCUGCGGUCCGACAAGUUGCGGACACUGCGAGGGGCUCGUCUCGUCCACAAGAGGCGCGACGAUAAAUUUCUGUGUAGUAAUGUGGAAUUUCUGGCUCUUCGACUGGCUAUCAGACGAUCGUGUCGUUAAUGCAGUCGUGCCUACAUGAAUAAUCAUGCCCGAUUGGUUCGUGAACAUGAGUAAACAUGUUUUCUGUAUAAUGCUGAUCUUGUCAGUGCGUUGUCUAAGGACGACCACGUUUAUAUAAAACGGGGGAGUGCCACGGAAAUCUCCAUACUUCGCGCCAGGGAGAGAAACGCCGUGCCCCUCUAAAAGAGGAAUCGCUGCGUCAUGAAAGACGAGUUUAAGUAUCUCACGGGAUUCAGUUGCGAGUUCUCCAGCGAGGAUGAGCGAUGCCCGGGAGCGCUGCCCGUUGGCCAGAACAAUCCACAGAAGUGUCCAUAUGGUCUCUACGCCGAGCAAUUGUCGGGAACAGCGUUCACCGCUCCGCGUAAUCAAAAUAAGAGAUCGUGGCUGUAUCGAAUAAGGCCUUCCGUCGUUCACAAGCCGUUCAGACCCUUCGCCACAACCCACGGUGCCGAGUCUUACGUAACGAACGACUGGAACCAGACCCAACCCAAUCCCAAUCAGCUGAGAUGGAAGACGUUCGACGUGCCGACUCGACGAGAUCCCGAAGUGGACUUCAUCGAGGGUCUUCAUACUUUGUGCGGUGCCGGCGAUCCCAAGAUGCGCCAAGGUCUCGCGAUACAUGUGUAUCUCUGCAACGCUUCCAUGAAGGAUAGGGCUUUUUACAACGCCGACGGUGAUUUGCUUAUCGUACCACAACUGGGCGCUCUGCAAAUCGUCACCGAGUUCGGCAAGAUGCGAUGCGAACCAAACGAGAUAUGCGUUAUUCAGCAGGGAAUGAGAUUCUCUGUGACCGUCUUCGGUCCAUCCCGGGGUUACAUCCUCGAGGUCUUCGACAAUCACUUCCAACUGCCUGAUCUGGGACCGAUAGGAGCGAAUGGCCUGGCGAGUCCGAGAGACUUUCAGACGCCGGUGGCUUGGUACGAGGAUCGCGAGACCGAUUACGAGAUCGUGUGCAAAUAUCAGGGAAAGCUGUUUGUGGCCGAUCAAGGUCAUAGUCCCUUCGACGUGGUCGCGUGGCAUGGCAAUUAUGUACCUUACAAGUACGAUCUGGAUAGAUUCAUGGUCAUCAACUCGGUAUCCUUCGAUCACUGCGAUCCGUCCAUCUUCACUGUGUUGACGUGUCCCACUAACAAGCCUGGAACAGCCGCGGCCGACUUCGUGAUCUUUCCACCCCGAUGGUCCGUGCAGGAGCACACUUUCCGACCCCCUUAUUAUCAUAGAAACUGUAUGAGCGAGUUCAUGGGGCUGAUAAAGGGUCGUUACGAGGCGAAGGAGGACGGUUUCUCUGCCGGAGGUGCGUCUUUGCACUCCAUCAUGACCCCGCACGGUCCUGACAGACAGUGCUUCGAGACCGCGUCCAACAGCGAGCUGAUGCCGGAACGGAUCGCUGAUGGCACACAGGCGUUUAUGUUCGAGACCUCGUACAGCAUGGCCCUGACAAAAUGGGGCACUAAGCUCUGCAACAAGCUGGACGACAACUAUUACACAUGCUGGCAAAGCCUACGUAAGCAUUUCGAUCCCGUGGAUAAGUCGACCAAGGCAGCUUAAUGCGCCGAUUCAUACGUUUCGUCAUCUUAAUGUGUUUAUCAGUCGCAUCAGUGCUCAAGAUAAAUCCGUGAUUGCACUUCGUUUUCCUUGCUUUUGUAUGUUAAGAUCAUUAUCAGGUGAUUUAUUUUAAUCGACUGCGCGUUAUCCUGAAGAAGAGAGAAGAUUCAGUUUGAUGAAGGUAGAAAAGGCAAGUAGUCGUUUUUUCCGCUAUUUUUUAUCUUCCAUUUUAGUAACGAUUGCACUAUGAAGAUAAUUUCAGAUAUCUCUUUCUGCUAUUAAGGGGUGAUUGUAAAUAACGAGAAAAUUUGCAUUUUGACAUUAUUUUAAAAAAGCAAAGCUAUAUGGUUACAGACUUACAGCACUGUUUAUUAGUAUCAGCGAUAUCUUCGCAAUCGAGAAAAUAUCGCGCCUUAUGAUCUUUUCUUUUCGACUGCUAAGAAAUUCUUUCAUAGUAGUUGUUAUCGAGAGAUAUCGUGCGAAACUGCAAAGUUAUCUAGUGCGUGCAGCUAGGACUAAUUAUGAAUUCGACACAUCGGCAGUAUCGCGAUUGCACGCAGAAUAUUACCGAGUAGAAGGAAUCUUAAUCUCUUAAUCGCAUCUACCUCUUACCAAGAAUCGGUUCUCGUGACUGAUUGCAGUACGCAAUUUAACGAAAGUGCAAUAUGUUAGAUAAGGACGCAGCGUAAAUACGGUGCUUUAAAGCUGUAAAAUGUAAAGCAAUUUUUGGAUGAACGCAGAGCAUCGAUAUUAUUGGGAUUAGGUGAAGUGGCGCGAUUAAAUUUCAAUGAUAGCGCGCUUUGACUGCAAAAGAAUUUUCGAUAAAAGUAAAUUUCUUUUACUGGAAUUUCUGUAAAUUUCUUUUAAUAGAACGUUCAGUGUUGAAUAAGAUAAAAAUAAUAGAAUAUUAUUUUCGUUUCGACGUUCGUCCAAGAACUGCGACAUGUUGUACAGAAGUUUAUGAAGACAUUGCUGACUCGACAUUAUAGCAUAUGUUACAAUUAUGUGCAAUUUAUAUUUAUAGUGGCGUAUAUUCACGAUAGGAAAUCUCAUCUUAUGUUUGAGAUCUGACGUCCGCAUGGACGUUUAUGAAAUCGUUCUGGCAGGGUUUUAACCGGUUUCGAACAUAAACAGGAAUCGCGCUGUUUCUCAAUGUCGCAAUUCGUGCGAUAAUUUUGUAAUUUAAACUUGAUAUUUAUCUCUAACGCAUAUGGCUGUGGUUUCUGCAAUAAAAUUAAUAAUAAAAUG